UUCCCGGUUUGUUCCAUUGGCAGUACGCCAACGCCAGUUGGCACCUUUCGACGUGGAGUCGCUAAAGCCACUCGAUCGCAGCGAUAUCGCCUCUGUUAGAGCGAGAGAUCCGGAGUGUUGCCAAUGGAGCAAGCGAGAUAGGGACAACAAACGGACGCUCUCUUUUCGCGGACAGAUUGUUUUUGUUAGCCGACGACGUUUUUAUGGCUUAUUGAAAUCGACCAGCGGCAGUCAAAAAGCGCGCGCUACGCCUGCCACAACCUCGCCAAUUCGAUCCGGCUUCUAUAUCUCUGCUAUAUAUCGGAAAAUGUAGCUCUCGAUCGAGUGCAGUUGACUAGUAAUAUCCCAAUAAAUCACGCCUCCGACGCCUAAUUGCCGUACACCAGUGUACACACCAAUUAAAAAGUGAUCGCGCAUUAAAAACCCAUUCGAGUGCAAAUAAUUCGUCGACAAAUAGUUCAUUAAAUAAUUCAUUAAAUGUGAAACCCCCCCGCAAGUCAACUAACCUAAACAACCACCACCCCCGCCCAAUUUCUAGUAAACACUUUUUUUUUGCUGUUCAGUUUCUGUUACUGUAACACUGUUACAUUUUCGGUUGCCAUUUUCCUCGAUUUUCCCAACGGUUCAGAUUUUCCGCACGCGAGAGCCUUAAUUAUGAGCAAUUAUAAUCCGAAUUGCGGUUACUUCGAGGAUUGCAGCUACUACACGAACAACGUGUACCAACAGGAUUAUUGCAUGCAGCCGGAUUACGAGUACAACAAGCAUGUCUACGACUUGUUUGAUGCGAAGGUGCCAUCGUCGCAGCGCUCCGGCUUCCACAUAUCGGACAUCCUGAAUCUGGAGGGAUCCGAGCUGAAGAACGCCGCUGCCGCCGCCGCCGCAGCUGCGCAGCAUGGCAGUGAUCUGAGCCACCACUCGACCAGUGAGUCCACCAAUGGACAUGGCGGUCAGGGACCACAUGCCACGCCCUCGGCCCUCUCGCCCACGCCCGCCGGCGGUUCGGUGGACGAGCACCACAACGGCAGUGGGUCGGGAGCGGGAACGGGUUCGGGUUCGGGAGCGGAUCACCACAGCACCACCGAACACCAUGCAUCCCAGCAUCCGGCACAGCCGAGUCAUCCACAGCAACAGCAGCACCCACAUCACCCGCACCACCAGCAGCAGCAGCAGCACCACCACCUCCACCAGCAGAACCCGCACCACCAGCAGGCGGUGGCCCCACUCCCACUGGCGCACCACCAAAGUGGCGAUGCCCAGAGCCACGCCCACGCCAACGCCGCCGCCGCCCACCUGCUGGCCAGCCACAAUGCUGCGGCCGCUGCAGCGGUGGCCGCCGGCCAAUACCUGCCCAAUCUGCCCAAGAACUUCCCGGGGAGCUUCGGGGACGAGAUGUCCUCGUACCACCACAUGGCCCAGACCAUGCUCCAGCACACGGGCAGGAGUGCGUGGAUCAAGGAGAACGAGCUAUAUGGAACCCAGCAGCCAGCCAGUCCGGAUAGCACUUCCCCGGUGACCUCGGAGGUAUCGUACACCUACAUCGGUUCCAAUUGCCAGACAUCGCCGGCACUUUCCGGCGAUUACAAGAGCUACAGCCGAUCGGCGGAUAGCGAUGCUCUGUCCGUGGGCGAUGCCCUUCACACCCUCCAUGGAUCCUCGGCUCCUGGCGGUGGCGGUGGUCCCUCGGCGGCCCAUGCCCUGCACAACAACAACAACAAUACGACGAACAACAAUAACAACAACAAUAGCCUGAAACAUGACGGCCUCAAUGGUGGAAGCAGUGGCCACGACGACAGCCUCAACGAGGACGGCAUCGAGGAGGACAUCGACGAUGUGGACGAUGCCGAUGGCAGUGGCGGUGGCGGUGGACACGGACCCGACGGUCUGCCCAACAAGAAGCGGAAGCGACGUGUCCUCUUCACCAAGGCACAGACCUACGAACUGGAGCGACGCUUCCGACAGCAGCGGUACUUGAGUGCCCCGGAGCGGGAGCACCUGGCCAGCCUCAUCCGGCUGACACCGACGCAGGUGAAGAUCUGGUUCCAGAACCAUCGCUACAAGACGAAGCGUGCGCAGAACGAGAAGGGCUACGAGGGUCAUCCGGGAUUGCUGCAUGGCCAUGCCACCCAUCCGCAUCAUCCGAGUGCACUGCCCUCGCCACGUCGUGUGGCCGUUCCGGUGCUGGUGAGGAAUGGGAAACCCUGCCUGGGCGAUGGCUCCAAAUUGGGGGCCGAUUGUGUGUCCGUCUCGUCAGCCACUGCCACCGCCAUGCAGAAUGCCGCCGCCGCCCAUCAUUUGGUGGCAUUAAAUGGGGCAGCGGCCUAUCAGCAUGCCGCUGCCGCCGCCGCCGGACUUCAUGCCCACGCCCAUGCCCACGCCCAUGCCCAUGCCCACGCCCAUCCGCACGCCCACGCCCAGCGGGCGGCCUGGUGGCCCUAAUAUUGCUAGGAUCUGAUCUUCGCGGGCCUGGAGCCACUCGAAUAGAUAGUGGAUAGAUGACCCCUUGGUGCAAUAAAUCAGAGGCCAGGCCCCCCCCCCAAGAUCCCCGAAGAAGCCAAAUAAAAUAUAUAAAAAAAGAAAAAACUAAUAACAAUGAUACAUAAUUAAAUCACAAAUAGUUUGUAGUCUCACACACCGAUUCCACCUUGAGUCAUUCCUGUACAUAAUUUAGACGGCAAGAGCCCCAAAAAUGAUAUACAUUAAACUAGCCCCAAGACCUGAGCUCAAGAGCUAACAGGCCCACUUAGUCAGGGGUUACCUCUAUAUAUACAUAAUGUCCAUUCCUGAAUACAACACAAAUGCCAUUGGCAAAAGAGACUAGGAUAAUUUAACUUCCGGCUUGUGAUGGCCAAUUCCUUUCUGAUUAUGUUAUUUCGAAGUAUCCAAUUUAAUGUCUAAUUGUAUUAGUCUCUAUUGUCAGUGGCAUUUAGGUCCCAUGAAAUCCCACAUUUUUACUGCACUAAAGUUGAUAAUACUUAUAAAAUCUAGAACUAGAGAACAUUUUUUUUAUUUUUUUUCUACAACUAAGUCAAAACCCAAAGGAAAAUUUUGUAAAUAUUUAAAAAAAAAAAAAAAGAACAAUAUGAAACUAAGAUAAUCCAAAAAGAAAAACUUAUAAAUGGCAAUGCAACUAAAUCUGUACUAUAUAUAUAUAUAUAUUAUAUAUUAAAAUCAAGCGUAAUUAGUUUUCAAAUUUUUUAGACAGAAUUUAAUGACCAUUUUUUUUUGUAUGAAUACAUAUAUAAUAUAGACACUUAGUCCUAACCGAUAUUUUUUUUCGUGUGUGUGCGUGUAUAGCGAGUAAAAGAAAACUCUUUGAAUUUAUAGCAAGUAAUGAGUUCAUAAAUGUUAACAAAAGACAAGGACAGAACGCUGACAGAGACAGAGACGGCAAAUGUAUUCAAGACAGAAAGCAAAGCGAAACAACACUACAAACUGCAAAAUACAUUUUAGAGAUUUAAUAAAAACCAUUUACAAAAAUUAAAAA